AUGGCUGAGGCUUUACUUGCUCUUGUAGCAGCUAACAACUUUUCUGAAGCCGAGACUGCAAUAAAAGAGACCUAUGGCUGCUGUUUCACUAAUAUGAUGGAUCUAAUCCUAUACUUACAAAGUAGCAGAACAGAGCAAUUAACAAGUAAAGAUGGGUUAGCUGGAGCUCUUCAUAAUGUUCCUAAGACAGGUAUUACUGGGAUCUGUGUGGAUCAGAAACAUGGGGAUAUUCUACACAUCUUGGCUGAAGAUGAUCCCAUAUGUGGUCUCUUGCAGGGUACAACUCUACCUCUCUCUCAGAACAAAAGAGAAUUAACGGUGAUGUAG